AUGGCCGAAGCUGCGCACAUCGCAGUGCGAAUCAAGGCGCACACCAAGAUUGGCUACGGGGAAGACCUGUUGGUGUGCGGUUCUGCACCUGCCUUGGGCAGUUGGAACCUCGCAGAUGCAGCCCUGAUGCAGUGCAAGGGUGACUUGUGGACCUUGACCACGGAGCUGCCAUGCGGUGUGCGUGUAGAGCUCAAGCUGGUCCAGCGGCCUCAAGGUCGUCAGGUGGUUUGGUACGGGACGGGGCCCGGAGGCAAUGGGAACCUGAUGCUGGAGACGAGCCUAGGUAGGGCUGGUGCCAUGCCCUCCCACUUCGAGAAUCUCGAGGGCACGGCGCUUGGUUGCGAUUUCUCCAGUGCUGCUCUUGAUGCGGUCUUAGGCUUUUUGCACAUUCUGUUGCUGGAGCAGUGCCUUCCACCGCUGGCACCCGGACCUCUUCCUGGCUCAGCGCCGCGGCUUACGGCCGAGGUUCUCAGCAAGCUAGACCGAGAGAGCCGGAGAAGCGGCACGGCGAGUGCCCGGCUCGUGGCCGCCAUGGGGAGCGCUCCGUCACAGCAACAGCAACAGCAGCUACAGCAACAACCGCAGCAGCCGCCGCCCCCACCACUGCGGCAGCCACAGCAGCAGCGCGGAGUUUCUUUGCCGCCGCUGCCACGUACACAGCGGCUGAUGGCAGCAGCUUCUGCAGAGCAAGCAGACUCCACCCCCUCGAACGCGCCCUCGAAGAAGCAAGGGCGAUCUUCCAGUGCUCAGCCCUUGCAGCCCUUACCCCGCCGGCGGCCUCGACGGAACGGCCCUGUGCAGAGCCUGGACUGGCAGUCGAAGGAGGCUUGGCGGGCGACGGACGGUGUCCUCAUGCGCGCCUAUGCGGCCCGAGUGGAGAAGGAUGCCCCGACGAUACCGUGCCCCCACUGUGGCCGGAAGUUCCGAGAGGAGGCUUUGGCCACACAUGCACGCGUUUGCGUCAACGUGUUCGGCAAGCAGCGGAAGGCCUUCGAUGCCCAACGCCAGCGCAUGCCUCCCGGAGCUCUUCGACGCAGAGCCCGGAUCAGAGAGGUGAAACUGGUGAACAACUGGCGGCAGCAGAGCCGUGCUCUGCGACUCGCCAUGCGUGCUGCGCGGCGCAGCUACCACGCCCGGGAUCGAUUCCUUGGCCCUGCUUCGGGCGAGGCCGCGGGCCUCGAUGACCGUAUCCCUUGCCCACACUGCGGCCGGAAAUUUGGAGAAAACCAGGCAGCCAGGCACAUCCCAGUUUGCCGCUUGGCUGCUGCGAGUCUUGUUGUUCACCUCGUUCGGCGUUGCCACGAAUUUGGUGCUUUUCCUUGA